AUGCCGAAGUGCUAUCAAGCAUUCUCCGCAGUUGUUGCCGAUGGACAGUUUUCUACUCUGGGGACAGUCUUGAUUGCCACCCUUGCCCGUUUGGCAAAAGCCACAGGGAUCGAUAAGGAGCUGAGAUUGUCAUCACAAACAGAAAAGGCUUCUACUGGCCCCAUCUUUGGCAUCGAUGCGCAACGAAGAGAGGAUAUGGGAGUCAUCCUCUGCCGCCCUGAAGGCUCUUCAACACCAACGCUGCUAUCUGAGACUCAAGUUCCGGAGGUUUCACGUCGAGCCCAUGAUGAGGUGUCUCUAAAGGCUCCGGAAAGCACAGUAGGCUCAAAAAAGAAAAGCAUGCGAAAGAAGAAGCGGAAAAAGGAUGCCAUCGAUGAUCUAUUUGAUAGCCUUCUAUAG